CCGGUCACGAUGACACGAUGUCUUUCGCCAUCUUAGAGCCGGGCGGAAGAAUAACGUGCUUUACAAUAUUUCAAAAUAAAAAUCGUUCAUGGCGUUCUAACAGGGUCGAGGAGGAGGGCGAAGUUACCCGGCGCUAUGCUGGUUUCGGGCGGAAGUUAGUGCAGGAAUGCAGCCGGUGGGCUUUCAAUCCCAGCCUUUCUCUUCCCCCCCCCAGCAAGUAUGUCAUUGAAUAGAUGCCUGGCAGGUGAACAUCAGGCAGGUGAAGCGUUUUCCAGCUUGCUGAGGCAGAGAUGGGGAAACCUAACCGGUUAAAUGUCUGCCUGCCGUGCAGCAGUAAAAGCACUGGAGCCCUGCAAAAAGCAAGGCCGUUAGUUUGUGCCUUACCUCACAGGACUGUUGUAAGAACAAACCAAAUAAAGGUCGUUGAAGUAAGCAUCGAUACCUGGUUGAAGCUGCCCCAGAUCAUCAAGAUCCUGCGGGCCAAGAGUGCUGAGGGGCUGAGCUUCCAUUCCAUAUUGCUGGAGCUUCUUGCCAUCACCGGCACCAUGGCCUACAGCAUCUCCAAAACCUUCCCGUUCAGCGCCUGGGGCGAGGCUCUCUUCCUAAUGAUUCAAACUGUGGCUAUUGGGUUCCUGGUGCAGUAUUUUGGGGGCCACACAGGGCGUGGCGUGUCCUUCCUGGUGGCCUAUUUUGGAGUCCUCGCCCUCCUGCUGUCUUCACUCACUCCUGCGGGUGUUGUGACGGCCCUUCAGGCUUCCAAUAUGCCUGCUGUCGUCAUCAGCAGGCUCCUGCAAGCAGCCACAAACUACCGCAACGGCCACACGGGCCAACUCUCGGCGGUCACAGUGUUCCUGCUUUUCGCAGGGUCUCUGGCACGGAUCUUCACUUCCAUCCAGGAGACGGGUGACCCGCUCAUGGCUCUCACCUACGUCGUCUCGUCUGCCUGCAAUGGCGUCAUCACAGGACAGCUGGUUUAUUACUGGAACGUUCCGCUUGACAAGCGCAAGAAGGAAUAGAAAGGCGGCCCAGCGCCUUCUGGAGGAGCACCCCCUGGGAAAAAGCGGGGAGGGGCCUGGGGUUCCUUCUGCAACUGGCCCCAAAGGGAGGAAGCCGCCUUUGACUUCAUGGGGCAGCAGACGCCACAGCCCCUCUACCACCACUGCUGCUGUUCAUGCCCAUUUUCCAGGGUUUCUCUUUUUGCGCUCUGAGCCAAGAGAUGGGGCCAGUUUGUCUCUGGGAGUGUUGCGGGACUUUGGAGCUUGGGAGGUGGGACUGGGGCGCUUUGCUUUACAGGCUCUUAUCUUGCACCCCCACCUGAGCACUGCUGCUGCUGAAGGGCCAAGCAUCUGCAGUGGAAUGGCUGGUAGUUCAGGGGGGCUUCCUCCAGCCUAUAUCUGUAUUCCCCCCCCCCAUGCACACACUUUGAAAUACAGGCAUUCCUUACUGCAGUGUUAUUCAGUAGUGCACUUCAAGCUUCUCCCCGCCAAGAGGAGCUGUUGGGUGUACUCUGGAUACCUGCGGUAAACUUCUAA